GGGCGGUGCCCGGGCGGCCCCGGAGGAGGAAGAUGGCGCCGUGAGGGGGUCGGAGCCGCCGCCGCCUCUCCGGCCGAUCCAGAGCCAGCAUGGCUGCCACUGCUGCUGUCAGCCCCAGUGAGUACCUGCAGCCGGCUGCCUCCACUGCCCAGGACUCCCAGCCCUCUCCUCUGGCCCUGCUGGCAGCCACAUGUAGCAAGAUCGGUCCCCCUGCCGUGGAAGCCGCCGUGACCCCUCCUGCCCCUCCUCAGCCAACGCCUCGCAAACUCGUGCCCAUCAAACCCGCUCCUCUGCCUCUGGGCUCUGGUAAGAACAGCAUUGGCAUCCUCUCGUCGAAAGGGAACCUCUUCCAGAUCCAAGGCUCUCAGGUUGGCACCUCCUACCCCGGGGGGCAGCUGGUCUUUGCCAUUCAGAACCCGGCUGUCAUCAACAAGGGCCCGCGCUCGUCCGCCAACAUCCAGUACCAGGCGGUGCCCCAGCUGCAGGCUGCGGGGGGACAGACCAUCCAGGUCCAGCCCAACCUCACCAACCAGAUCCAAAUUAUUCCUGGCACCAACCAAGCCAUCCUCACUCCUUCCUCUUCCUCUCACAAGCCUGUGCCCAUCAAACCGGCUCCAGCGCAGAAGGGUGGAGCUUCCCCAGCGCAGGGCACGAGCAACGUGGUCAAGCUGGCCGGGGCCAGCAACGUGACUCUCACCCUCCCUGUCAACAACCUGGUGAACGCCCCCGAGCAGGGCAGCCAGGCUCAGGUCAUGGCUGAGAGCCCCUCCAAGCCCAGCAAAAAGACUCGGAAGAAGGCAGUGUCCCCGGCCCAAGCUGCUGCCGUGGCCGUGGCCGAGCAGGUGGAGACGGUGCUGAUAGAGACCACGGCGGAGAACAUCAUCCAGGCAGGCAACAACCUGCUCAUCGUGCAGAGCCCAGGCUCUGGCCAGCCAGCUGUGGUGCAGCAGGUCCAGGUGGUGCAGCCCAAACAGGAAACUCAGGUGGUGCAGAUCCCACAGCAGGCCCUGCGUGUGGUCCAGGCUGCCUCUGCCACCCUCCCCACCGUGCCCCAAAAGCCUUCCCAGAACUUCCAGAUCCAGACGACGGAUCCUGUUCCUACCCAGAUCUACUUCAAAUCCCCAUCGGGUGAGCUGCAGACAGUUGUACUCCAGGACCCUCCUGGCAUUCCCAUAAGUGGAUCUGCAAGCUCCUGCAGCAGCCCAGUGUCCCGCAGCAGCAGCAGCAGCUCUGGCCCCGCGGGGAGCAGCAGCAGCAGCAGCAGGAAAGGAGCUGCACGCAAGGAGCGAACCCUGCCCAAGAUCGCCCCUGCUGGAGGCAUCAUCAGCCUGAACGCUGCCCAGCUGGCAGCUGCUGCCCAGGCCAUGCAGACCAUCAACAUCAACGGUGUGCAGGUCCAAGGGGUCCCUGUCACCAUCACCAACACUGGAGGUCAGCAGCAGUUGACAGUGCAGAAUGUGUCUGGUAACAACCUGACCAUCAGUGGCCUGAGUCCCACCCAGAUCCAGCUCCAGAUGGAGCAAGCAUUGUCCGGAGAGGUUCAGCCAGGGGAGAAGAGGCGGCGCAUGGCCUGCACCUGCCCCAACUGCAAGGAUGGGGAGAAGAGGCCGGGUGACCCUGGCAAGAAGAAGCACAUCUGCCACAUCCCCGAGUGCGGCAGAACCUUCCGGAAGACCUCCCUGCUGCGGGCCCACGUCCGCCUGCACACCGGCGAGAGGCCUUUCGUCUGCAACUGGGUGUUCUGCGGCAAGCGCUUCACCCGCAGCGACGAGCUGCAGCGCCACGCCCGCACCCACACAGGUGACAAGCGGUUCGAGUGCGCCCAGUGCCAGAAGCGCUUCAUGCGCAGCGACCACCUCACCAAGCACUACAAGACCCACCUGGUCACCAAGAACUUGUAGGGCCAGCAGCUGCCCCACGCCUGUGUGGGCACAAAAACUCCCCCCCGACCCUUCCCCCCCACCACCCUGCUGGGCCACCGAUGCCCAUGACCCCCGCAGCACUCCCAGCAUCCCCGGCCAAGGAGAGCAGCCCUCUGAGCUGAGGGGGGGACAUCUUCCUGCCCUUUCCUUCUGCUGCCACUUGGGUACCCCCCAAGGAUGAAGAAUCCUCUUUAGGAAGGGUCUAAGGGUUUGAUCCUGAAGAUCCUUGGAAUGUGGAUGCAAGGAUUUGAUCCUGAAGGUCCUUGCAACAUGGAGCUGCAGAUCCUUGGUGGAACAGUCCAGAGCUGCUCCAAGCAAGAAGCCUCUUUGUGAAGGGAACAGAGAGUUUGAUCCUGAAGAUCCUUGCAACAUGGAUGCAAGGAUUUGAUCCUGAAGAUCCUUGCAACAUGGAUGCAAGGAUUUGAUCCUGAAGAUCCUUGGAAUGUGGGUGCAAGAGUUUGAUCCUGUAGAUCCUUGCAACAUGGAGCUGCAGAUCCUUGGUGGAACAAUCCAGAGCUGCUCCAAGGAAGAAGCCUCUUCAUGAAGGGGCAAAUGGUUUGAUCCUGAAAAUCCUUGGAACUUGGAUGCAAAGGUUUGAUCCUUGGAACAUGGAUCUGCAGAUCCCUGGUGGAGCAAUCCAGAGCACUUCCAAGGAAGAAGAAGCCUCUUUCUGAAGAGUGCAAGGCUUGAUCCUGAAGAUCUUUGGAGCAUGGAUGCAAGGCUCUGAUCUUGGAACUCCUUGGAACAUGGAUGCAAGGCUCUGAUCCUUGGAGCACGGAUGCAAGGCUCUGAUCCUGGAGCUCCUUGGAGCAUGGAUGCAAGGCUCUGAUCCUGGAGCUCCUUGGAGCACGGAUGCAAGGCUCUGAUCCUGGAGCUCCUUGGAGCAUGGAUGCAAGGCUCUGAUCCUUGGAGCAUGGAUGCAAGGCUCUGAUCCUGGAGCUCCUUGGAGCACGGAUGCAAGGCUCUGAUCCUUGGAGCAUGGAUGCAAGGCUCUGAUCCUUGGAGCAUGGAUGCAAGGCUCUGAUCCUGGAGCUCCUUGGAGCAUGGAUGCAAGGCUCUGAUCCUGGAGCUCCUUGGAGCAUGGAUGCAAGGCUCUGAUCCUUGGAGCAUGGAUGCAGGGCUCUGAUCCUGGAGCUCCUUGGAGCAUGGAUGCAAGGCUCUGAUCCUGGAGCUCCUUGGAGCAUGGAUGCAAGGCUCUGAUCCUGGAGCUCCUUGGAGCAUGGCUCUGCAGAUGCUUGGUGGAACAGCCCAGAAGCUCCCGGGAGCUGGGGAUGGAGGGGGCUUGGACACUGGUGGGUGGGUUGGGAGAGGCUCCACAGCACAUUCCUAACUUUCUAUUUAAAGUCUCUAAACAGCUUCCCCAUCCCUGAGUUCCCUUUGGAAGCUCCCAGGUUUUCUAUGGAGAUCGUUGCCUUACGCUGCCUGCCCCCAGGGCCUGAGUGCUGCUCUGCAGCUCUCUGCCCUUCCCUGCCCCUUUCCUCACCCCUUUUUUUCCCCCUUCUCCUGCCAUUUCCUGAAGGAUUUUUGUCUCUCUAUUGACUUCUCUCUCCCAACUUUUCCAUUUCCACCUACCAUGGAAUUUCCUUUGGAAUUUUGGGGACUUCAGACUCUUUUUUUAGUUCCUCCUGGGGACUUCAACUCCUUUUCCCUUUCCUCCUGCCACUUCCUUUCCCAUACUGAAAGAUUUUUGUCUCUCUGAUUUCUUUCUUACUUUUCCAGAUUUCUCUCUCACACUUUUUCAUUUCCACAUGGAAUUUCCUUUGGAAUUUUGGGGACUUCAACCCUUUUUUUCCCAUCCUGACUUCUUUCCCAACCCUUUUUAUUUCCCUCCUGCCAUUUCUUCCCCACUACCAAGAAGAUUUUUUCCCCUCUCCUUGACUACUUCAUCUCUCACUACCAAAAAGCUUCCUUGUGUCUCUGCUGACUUCUCCCUCUCCCACAUUUCCACUUCCACCUGAUAUGGAAUUUCCUUUGGAAUUUUGGGGACUCUAUCCCUUUUUUUCCUCCUUCCUACCAUUUUUCCCCACUACCAAAUUUCUUUCCCACUACCAAGAAGAUUUCCCCCCACCUCUGACUACUUUCUCUCCCACUACCAAAACCCUUCUUUGUGUCUCUCUGCUGACUUCUCCCUCUCCACAUUUCCACUUCCAUCUGACAUGGAAUUUCCUUUGGGAUUUUAGGGACUCUGUCCCCUUUCUUUUUUCCCUCCUGCCAUUUCCUCCCCACUACCAAGAUUGUUUUCCUCUCUGACUACUUCUUUGUCUCCCACUACCAAAAAGCUUCUUCGUGUCUCUCUGCUGACUUCUCCCUCUCCUACAUUUCCACUUCCACCUGACAUGGAAUUUCCUUUGGAAUUUUGGGGACUUCAACCCCUCUUUUCCAUCCUGACUUCUUUCCCAACCCUUUUUUCCCUCCUGCCAUUUCUUCCCCACUAUCAAGAAGGUUUUUCCCCCCUCUCUGACUACUACUUUAUUUCCCACUACCAAAAAGCUUCCUUGUGUCUCUCUGCUGACUUCUCCCUCUCCACAUUUCCACUUCCACCUGAUGUGGAAUUUCCUUUGGGAUUCUGGGGACUCUAUCCCCUUCCCCCCCCCCCUUGCUACCAUUUCUUUCCCACUACCAAGGAGAUUUUUUUCCCUCCCUCUAACUACUUAUCUCCCACUACCAAAACUCUUGUGUCUCUCUGCUGACUUCUCCCUCUCCCACAUUUCCACUUCCACCUGACAUGGAAUUUCCUUUGGGAUUCUGGGGACUCUAUCCCCUUUUUUUCCCCCUUGCUACCAUUUCUUUACCACUACCAAGGAGAUUUCCCUCCUCCCUCUGACUACUUCUUUAUCUCUCACUACCAAAAAGCUUCUUCGUGUCUCUCUGCUGACCUCUCCCUCUCCCCCCUUUCCCUUUCCACCUGACUUGGAAUUUCCUUUUCCAUUUUUAGGGACAUUCUCUUUCCCCCUUCCCUCCUCCAGGUGCUGCCCUCCCUCCCCACUGUGUAUAGUGUACAUUGUACCAUAGAUUCUAUUGCUUUUUGUGGUUUACUUUACAUGGUUAAAGAAAGCAAAACAAAAAACCAAACCCAAA